GUGAUGGAGGGUUCGGGUAGGAUGCUGGUAACAGCUGUGGGGGUCAACUCUCAGACUGGCAUCAUCUUUACACUGUUGGGGGCCGGAGAGGGGGAGGAGGAAGAGGAGGAGGAGGAUGACAAGAAGAAGAAGGGGAAGCAGCCCGAAGUGAUGAUGGAGAACAACCAGAAUAAAGCCAAGAAGCAGGACGAGGCUGUAGCCAUGGAGAUGCAGCCUCUGAAGAGUGCAGAGGGAGGAGAGGUGGAGGAGAAGAAGAGAGGCAACACCACAAAGAAAGAGAAGAGUGUUCUACAGGGUAAACUCACCAAACUGGCUGUGCAGAUUGGGAAAGCAGGCCUGGUGAUGUCAGCUAUAACAGUGCUCAUCUUGGUGUUGUAUUUUGUCAUCCAGACGUUCGUAAUAGAAGAUCGUGUGUGGCUAGCAGAGUGUACUCCAGUCUAUGUCCAGUACUGUGUUAAGUUCUUCAUCAUUGGAGUGACUGUGUUGGUGGUGGCUGUACCUGAGGGCCUGCCGCUCGCUGUCACCAUAUCACUGGCCUACUCUGUCAAGAAAAUGAUGAAGGAUAAUAACCUGGUUCGCCACCUGGAUGCGUGUGAGACGAUGGGGAACGCUACGGCCAUCUGCUCCGACAAGACCGGCACUCUGACCACCAACCGCAUGACUGUCGUACAGACCUUCCUAGGUGACCAGCACCACCGGUCAGUUCCGGAACCAAAACAGGUCAACCCCAAGACUCUAGAACUACUGGUCAACGCCAUCGCUAUCAACAGUGCCUACACAUCCAAGAUCAUGCCUGCAGACCAGGAGGGGGGACUCGCUAAGCAGGUGGGGAACAAGACAGAGUGUGGCCUGCUGGGCUUCGUUCUGGACCUACAGCAAGACUACAGCGCUGUCCGAGACCGGGUCCCUGAGGAACAGCUGUUCAAGGUGUAUACCUUUAACUCGGUGCGUAAGUCCAUGUCCACGGUGGUCCAGCAACGAGACGGAUCCUUCAGACUCUACAGUAAAGGAGCUUCUGAGAUACUACUGAAGAAGUGUUCGUAUAUCAUGGACGUUCAUGGAAAGCCACGUAAUUUCAGACCCAGAGACAGGGAGGAGAUGGUGAAACAGGUGAUAGAGCCGAUGGCGUGUGAAGGGUUAAGGACGAUCUGUAUCGCAUUCCGAGACCUUCCAUCCAAUCCCGAGCCAGACUGGGACAACGAAGAGGUCAUCGUUACUCAGCUGACCUGUCUCACUGUGGUGGGCAUAGAGGACCCUGUACGACCUGAGGUGCCUGAUGCAAUUCGUAAGUGUCAGAAAGCGGGCAUCUGCGUAAGGAUGGUCACAGGAGACAACAUCAACACAGCCAGGGCCAUAGCAGCUAAAUGUGGCAUCAUCCAUCCUGGAGAAGACUUCCUGUGUAUCGACGGCAAGGAGUUCAACCGGCGAAUUAGGAACGAGAAAGGAGAGGUCGAGCAGGAGCGGAUCGACAAGGUCUGGCCUAAACUACGAGUCCUCGCUCGCUCCUCCCCCACCGACAAACAUACACUAGUCAAAGGCAUCAUGGACAGCACUGUGUUGGAGCUGAGGCAGGUUGUCGCGGUAACCGGAGACGGGACAAACGACGGGCCGGCACUGAAGAAGGCAGACGUGGGCUUUGCCAUGGGUAUAGCCGGUACAGACGUGGCCAAGGAGGCGUCUGACAUCAUAUUAACGGACGAUAACUUCAGUAGCAUAGUGAAGGCUGUGAUGUGGGGGAGGAACGUAACAAACGACAGCAUCUCCAAGUUCCUCCAGUUCCAGCUGACUGUCAACGUGGUGGCUGUCAUAGUGGCCUUCACUGGGGCCUGCAUCACACAGGACUCUCCUCUGAAAGCAGUCCAGAUGUUAUGGGUUAACCUCAUCAUGGAUACCUUCGCCUCUCUUGCCCUAGCAACAGAACCACCCACAGAGUCCCUGUUGCUACGUAAACCCUACGGCCGCAACAACCCUCUCAUCUCCUUGACGAUGUUGAAGAACAUCCUGGGUCACGGAGUCUACCAGCUCAUCAUUAUCUUUAGUCUCCUGUUUAUAGGAGAGCGUAUCUUCAACAUAGACAGUGGACGUAAAGCUCCGCUCCACUCCCCUCCGUCAGAACACUACACCAUCAUUUUCAACACCUUCGUCCUCAUGCAGCUCUUUAAUGAGAUCAACGCCAGGAAGAUCCACGGAGAGAGGAACGUCUUCGACGGAAUCUUCUCUAACCCAAUCUUCUGUUCCAUAGUGUUCGGAACCUUAGUUAUCCAGGUGGUGAUCGUCCAGUGGGGUGGCAAGCCGUUCAGCUGUGCUCCUCUCAGCGUGGAACAGUGGCUCUGGUGUCUGUUCGUUGGAGUGGGAGAACUACUCUGGGGACAGGUGAUCGCCACGGUUCCCAGCGACCAAUUACCAUGUCUGAAGGAGGCGGGGGCAGCGAUGGCGGCGGUGGAGGAAGAGGAAGAGAUGGACGAAGGAGACGAAGAGGGAGAGAUUGACUGUGCUGAGAGAGAGCUACGACGAGGACAGAUACUGUGGUGUAGAGGACUAAACCGCAUACAGACACAGAUGCGUGUAGUCAAUGCCUUCCGUACCAACGUGUACGAGACCCGAGAGAAAACGGAAUCACGGAACUCCAUCCAUAACUUCAUGGCUCACCCAGAAUUCCUGAUCAAUGACCUCAUCCAUAACAUCCCUCUGAUCGACGACACAGACAUCGACGAGGAGUCAGAGCUGAGUCGAUACCAGCACCACCUCCACCCUGCUCUCCGCAAGCCCCCUCCACCCCCCGCCCAGCCCCCGUCCUCCUCCCGCUCCCGCCCGCCAAGGCCCUACCGACAACACAGUCUCCCCGUCACCCCUACCAACAUAAACAACAACGCAACACUGGUCACCUUUGGCAACACAAACAACAAGGCUGUUUCCCCAGGUAACCGGUGCAUCAAUUAUGAAGUUGCAACCAGAGCUACAACAGCGCUAGGGGUAACAGGCUCCUAGCCCCCUCCUCCUGUCCUCCUCUCCGUUGCUCUCCCGUCCUCCUCCUCUACUGCUUUCAGACAUCCUUAUAACUCAUGAACAGAUGCAGGGAGGAAAGGACAGACAUACGUACAGGCAGGGGGAGAGAGAGACAGGCUGACAGGGAGAAGAGACAAUAGACAGACAUUUUAAAGGAGAACAUUUUUUCACCAUCAAAGAGGAGGGGUGUAAAGGAGUCUAGGUUCUGACUGGAGGGAGAAGUUAAGCCCUUCCUUCCUGCUUCUUCUCUUAUCGCUAUUACCAGACUACUAUACCACAGGAGAGAGGAGGAGUGAUCUGCUAUUACCAGGCUACUAUACUACAGGAGAGAGGAGGAGUGAUCUGCUAUGACCAGACUACUAUACUACAGGAGAGAGGAGGAGUGAUCUGCUAUGACCAGACUACUAUACCACAGGAGAGAGGAGGAGUGAUCUGCUAUUACCAGACUACUAUACCACAGGAGAGAGGAGGAGUGAUCUGCUGUGACCAGUCUACUAUACUACAGGAGAGAGGAGGAGUGAUCUGCUACUACCAGACUACUAUACCACAGGAGAGAGGAGGAGUGAUCUACUAUUACCAGACUACUAUACCACAGGAGAGAGGAGGAGUGAUCUGCUAUUACCAGGCUACUAUACUACAGGAGAGAGGAGGAGUGAUCUGCUAUGACCAGGCUACUAUACUACAGGAGAGAGGAGGAGUGAUCUGCUAUGACCAGACUACUAUACUACAGGAGAGAGGAGGAGUGAUCUGCUAUGACCAGGCUACUAUACUACAGGAGAGAGGAGGAGUGAUCUGCUAUUACCAGACUACUAUACUACAGGAGAGAGGAGGAGUGAUCUGCUAUGACCAGACUACUAUACUACAGGAGAGAGGAGUGAUCUACUGUGAUUAGUACAACCAGGGGAGAACAGCUGCCUGCUCUUUCAAGGCCGAAUGGGGCACUGCAGGCAAUGUUUUGAGAAAGUAGGAUCCACCAAUAUAGUCAAUGGGAGUAUGACGAUCAUCGUGAUCAAUAUUUGUGGAUGUACCAUUUUUUUCUAACACAAUCAUUGUACCAAUACUUGCUUCUAUUUCACCAGAUGUAUGUCUUUGAACCGAUUAUUUAAAAAAUUCUAAUAUGCAGCCUGCAGUACCCCGGUCAGUCUUCAAAGGGGGUAAAACUGAGCUAGCCUGCAGUACCCCGGUCAGUCUUCAAAGGGGGUAGAACUGAGCUAGCCCGCAGUACCCCGGUCAGUCUUCAAGAGGGGGUAGAACUGAGCUAGCCUGCAGUACCCCGGUCAGUCUUCAAAGGGGGUAGAACUGAGCUAGCCUGCAGUACCCCGGUCAGUCUUCAAGAGGGGGCAGAACUGAGCUAGCCUGCAAAGCGUUUUUUUAUCCGCGCCAAACUUGAUGCAAAACCAUUGCCCACGAGUAACCUAGCAACAUUCAAAGCUGUGCUGACUGGUCGGAGUUCGGACCUUCCCUGAGAACGCUAGAGGGGGAGUCCCCGCGGACGAGAAGUUCUAAGUUUGCUCAUGCCUGCCAUGCCACUAGCAAACACUGUGGCCCCAUCCAACGAUACCCCCGGACAGGGCCAACCAGGCAGAAUAGAACCCCUCCAACGAUACCCCCGGACAGGGCCAACCAGGCAGAAUAGAACCCCUCCAACGAUA